CCAAAAAAUGUUUUUUUUUUCGUUUGUACCAAAAAAAAACUGUGAUUCCCGGAUUCUAUCGUUGCCCGUUUCAGGGAACUAACCCCGCUUCGUGAUUCACGUGCCAUCUCUAAUAAAAUUGCAGUGGAUUGGUCAUUUUAUAUAUUGUUUUAACUUGUGAAAUAUCUGCACGUUAGACAUGUCCUUCUGCACUGAACCCGUAGAUAACAAGUCAGCCGUAUCCGCACUACAGGAGUUCUGUGCCAAGACAAAGAACACUCCACCCUUAUAUGAAUUUAUUGACGGCGAAGACGGCGGGUACGUCUGUAAAGUAGAUAUGAUGGAGGUCGAGGCCUACGGAAAUGGGCGUUCAAAGCGCGAUGCCAAACACCUGGCAGCCGUCAAUAUCCUGCGUAAAAUCCGAAAGCUGCCCGGCGUAGAAAACGUUCUGCAGGAUUCGGAAAGCAACACGAUGGGUGAUCCGGGUCAGGAAGUGAUCAACUUAAACCGGGACAUGCUGAGGGAGCUGCGAGACUACUGCGUCCGCCACGAGAUGCCACUGCCCACCAUUGAAAUAGUGCAGCAAAGCGGCACACCCAACGCCCCGGAAUUCGUGGCCUGUUGUUCGGUGGCUUCCAUCGUUCGCUACGGAAAGUCGGACAAAAAGAAGGAUGCCCGUCAGCGCGCGGCCAUCGAAAUGCUAGCCCUAAUUUCCAGCAAUGCGGACAAUUUGCGUCCGGAUGAAAUGCAAGUUGUAAGCACCAAGAAAUCGGAAGGUCUUGCUGUGGAAGAAACGCUGGAGGAAUUGGAGGUGUUGCGCAGAAAGAAGUUCAACACCUACAGGGAGCUCACAGAUGCUGGAAGCGUGGACCAUACGGGUCUGCGCCUCUGCGACCGGCACAACUACUUCAAGAACUUCUAUCCUGCCCUGAAGGCGGCGGCCCUUGAGGCCAUCAAUUGCGAUGAUUACAUGACCUCCAAGGAUAAGGCUUUGAGCGUGAUGAGCGCUUUAAAGAUAACACCCUCAAUCAGUACACUGGAGUCCUUAUCGAUGGUGCCCAUGCUGUGCGUUGAGCUUAAUUGUGACUUCGACGUGGUCUUUGCAGCGCUGGAAACUAAUAUAUACGACCAAAUAAUAGACUAUUUCCGCACCAUGUUGAUCUAAUGCGUAGUAUCCAAUACGUAUGUGGUAUAUAUAUAACAUUUAUUUAACUAGGUUGGCUUAGAACUAAGUAAACUUCGUCAUAUUUACACUCUAGAAUGCACAUAAUUCAUUAUAUCUUACGUUUAAUACAAUCUCCACCAACGCUGUGGGUGUAAAACAUAAAAAAGUGAUUUUUUCAAGGUCUUUUGGUAAACAUCUAUGUUAACUUUGUACAGGAUUGAUGGUUCUGAAAAAUCCAAGCAAAUCACUAAGGGAAGUGGGUACAACAACAAACUUUCGAGACGGUGUAACAUGUUAUUAUUAUUUAUUUUCCGAUGCCAAUACCAAUGUUACAGCCGUGGACGUAUAAAUAGCACACAUCAGAACAGUAACUUUAGAUCGAUUAUUUCAGAAGUAUUAGGCUUUUGAUUCCAAAAAUUUUGAUGUAAAUCGAUUAUUGCUCUCUUCUACAUGACGUACAACCCAAAAAUUUACCAUUAUCAUUUUUUUCUUCUGCUUUAUGCUUAAUUUUCGUUCGCGAGCCACUAUUUAGCGUGGUCACAGAAAUAGCACACUUUAAAGAACUUACAGCAAAUUCCGUGUAAAAAGUGGUUUUCCUAAGUUUUUUUUCGUUAUUUAAAAAAUUUCGUCAACAAAUUAUUGUAAUUUAAUACAAAAGUUAAAAAAAUGGGUCGAGGAAAGCAUUGUUCAGUUGAAGAAAGGAGGAUGAUAUUCAAGCUAACUGAAUCUGGCAAUACACCUGCUGAAAUUGCCGAAAUAAUGAAAUGUUCGAGGAAAAUGCUAUAUAAUGCACUGAAGGUAGCAAAGGAAAACACAGCAUAUUUGACCAAUCAAAAAAAACGCAAACCAAAGCCACGAAAAACUGACCCGCGUACAGAUAUGCUCAUAGUACGGAAGAGCAAGGCGAAUCCUUUCAAGUCCUCCCGCGAAAUUAUGGAGGAAAUAAAUAAAGAGUGUGGCAAAAAUGUAUCGAGGAAAUUAGUGGCAAGAAGACUAAAUGAAGCUUCCCCCUUUGGACGCAUCAGCAGAAGAAAGCCGCUCCUGUCAAAACGCAACAUAUCGCAACGAUUAAGUUUCGCACGGGCCCACCGGGAUAAGGACCUGAGUUUUUGGAAAAACAUCCUUUGGAGCGAUGAAACAAAAAUCAAUAACAUAGGACUCGAUGGUAAAACAUUUGUUCGUCGUCCAAAAGGCCAAGCUCUUAACCCCGGGUACACCAUGAAGACUGUUAAGCACGGUGCCGGUUCCAUUAUGUGCUAGGGUGCAUUUUCCUGGCGUGGUGUGGGUCCGCUUUACCGGAUCAAUGGCGUAGUGGAUCGCUUUAUGUAUGUGGACAUUCUCUAAAAUCAAAUGGAACCAUUUACGUUUGAGAUCAUGCCUCUGAAAUGGACAUUCCAGCACGACAACGACCCAAAGCACACAUCUCGUGUCGUUAAAAAGUGGUUGAAGGACGAAUCCAUCCAAGUUCUGGAAUGGCCGGCUCAAAGACCUGACCUAAAUCCUAUAGAAAAUCUAUGGAAUGACGUCAAGGUUAUGAUAUCCAAAAAAAAAUUUUCGAAUCUUGACGAUUUGUGGAAAGGUGUCCAAGAAGCCUGGAACUCCAUUCCAAAGGAGAGAUGUCAGAAGCUUGUGGAGAGUAUGGGUCGAAGAUGUAACGCAGUCAUCGAAAAUCAUGGAUACUCAACCAAAUAUUAAAUUUGCUUUACGUUAAUUACUUUUAAACUUAUUUUUUAUGAUUAAUUUAAGAUAUUUUGAAAUUGUGCUAUUUCUGUGACCACGCAUUUUUCGUUGUUUUUUAGUUUUUUAAUUUCCACAUCUUUUUUUUUUAACAUUUAUUCAUUUUGAUUAAUUAAUUUAUUAGUUUAUAAGCUAAGCUAUGAAGAACGAAAGCUGUUUUAUUUCCAAGAAAUAUUUGUUAAUUAAAAAAACUAUUCCAAAAGAUGAACUUCAUUUUGUGCUAUUUAUACGUCCACGGCUGUAUAUGAUCUUGUUGCUUAUUACAUCUCUUAGGUUCCUAUUAAAAAUUAAAAUAUCCAAACCUAUUGUUUUUAACAACUGAUAAUGUAACAUGUAUUGCACAGUCAAAGAAAAAACCUACCUUUGUUAUUAAGGUUGCUUAAUUAAACCAAAUGUUUUAAAUAAUUUAACUGUAAGGCUAGCUGGUAAAACUGCUGCCCUCCAUUUGUAUAAAAGUACAACUUUUAUGCGAAUAAAAGGAUUUGCAUUGCAAAAUAAAAGGUGCAAAGAUAUUUAUAUAA